AUGAUGGAUCACUUUAACAAGCGAUUCACCACCCACGAUGGUGACACUUACGCCUACGAUUACAUCCCCGCAAGUGACGAAAAAGACACUUUUCUUUUCAUCCAUGGAUGUCCAUCUUCACGUUACGACUGGCGACAUCAAAUUGCAGACCUUUCAGAAGCCGGCUAUGGAGUCAUUGCUCCGGAUUGUCUUGGUUACGGCGAGUCUGACAAGCGUGUCGACCUUGAGGCCUACAACUUGAAGCGCCUAAGCGGACACUUCGCAGAGUUGCUAGACUAUGAAAACAUAAACAGGGUCAUUGGCGUCUCACAUGACUGGGGUUCUAUGGUCAUGUCUCGAGUUGCCGUGUGGCAUCCAGACAGAUUUAUCAAGCUGGUUUUUAUGUCGGCCGGCUAUACCGCUCCUGGGGUGUUCUUCGACAUCGAUGGUCUGAACGUCUGGAGUCAAAAGGAACUUGGGUAUAUGCAAUUGGGCUACUGGUACUUCUUCAACUCAUAUGAUGCCGAACGUGUUAUUCUUGACAAUCUUGAGUCGUUCUUCCAUCUGGCAUACGCUGAUGACAGUAAGCUCUGGGUGACAGGGCUUGCCGCAAUCAACGGCACUCGCGAGUGGCUGACGUCUGGCAAAACUCGCCCACUACCUCCAUUUCUUACUGAAGAAGACAAAUCCCGAUGGCUUGAGGUCAACAGCCGAAAGGACACAAUCAAGGGGUUUCUCAACUACUACCGCUCGCUGAUGCGAGGUAUCCAGGCAGAUGACGAAGAGCCAUUGACGGAUGAACAGCGCACACUCAAGGUUCCUGUGCUUGGCAUCUGCGGUGGUGCAGAUAUGGUUACGAGGGCGGAUCAGAUUGGGAGGGGUAUCAUGCCAUAUGCGAGCAAAGGCUACACUGAAGUGGUUCUCGAGGGUGCAGGGCACUGGAUCAUGCUCGAGAGACGUGCCGAGGUGACAAAGGCUCUGCUGGAUUUUGUCCGUGAAAAGCAGUGA